CACACUUCCCCAAAAAAAAAAAUAAUACAAUAUUGUAAACUUAAUAGACUGGUCUCGUCGGGGUUCAUCCGCAAGAGACGAUUCAUCACUGUUUUCGUGGGUCCCACGACACGUGGCGACCCACGAUUGGUUACUUUAUUAAUAUUUUUUUUUUAAAGCAAACAAAUAAAAAAAUAAAAAAAAUAAAAGAAAAACCCAUGUGGCAAACUCCACCCCGCAUGGCUAAUGGGGAUGGUCUAAGGGAUUAUGAAUUGUUCUCUCCCUCAUCAGGGCGUGCCUACAGUGUAAGGAAAAAGGCUUUUGCCUUAAGUCCAUGAUAAUUACAAGUAUUUUUGGGCCCUUAAUUCUCAAUUGUUCCAUGUAGAUUAGUGGCUGAGAAUGUUUUUAGAUGGCACAUAUGGUAGGAUCGAUACUUUUAAGUUAAUUUUUCUCACUUUUUUAGUUGGAUUUUCAUUGAAAUUGACGAAAACUUUUAAGUAAUAUUUAUAUAGAUCUCCGAUACUCUUAUAUGUCUCCCAUGCUAUUGUGUUCUGUGAAAAUAAUAUGAGAAAAUCUAAUCUUAUAUAAGUGUGAAUAUUUGUAGUUCUUUUUGUUUUAUGGGUUUUUUUUAAUGAAAUUUCAAUUUAUUCAUUUUUUAUGAGAAAUGACUUUUACAGAAGAAUAAUUGAUCUACUCCUAUUAUGCCAUGCUAGACUAUGUGUAAUCUAAGAAUAGUAAAGAAAAAAAAUUAGAAUCAUGACUACAUAGUGUGGAUAAACUACCGGCGCAUAAGUCCUUCAAGCUUAUAUAUAUAUCUCCCAUGCACUUAUAUAUCUUUCGUACUAUUGUGUUUUGUGAAAAUAAUAUGAAAAAAUCGAAUCCUAUUUUUUUUCCUCGAUAUUUUUAUUAAUUAAAGGGCCAAACCCACGGACAAAGUCCACCAACCAGAAAAGUAACAAAAACAAAAAAGGCUUAAACAAAUGGAGCAACUAACAAACCACACUACGGGUCUAAAGCCCAACAAAACGAAAACCCUAGCAGCCGCAUGCCCCACGCAAACUCUGCAACUUUACCAGAUCCCACCGGACCUAGAACCACAUCGCGACCUCUUAAUCUUCCGAUCAUCGUACCACGGAGAACCUUCAUCGAACGAAUCGAGAUCUCAUCCGCCGCAUACUACUUCAUCAUUCUCGCUUCUUCCAACGGAGAGCAUCAAUCGAUCUUGAUCGAAAUCUCAUCCUUAACACAAACGAAGCCACCACACUCAGAUCCAUCUUCAGUCCGUCGGAGAGCGUCAUCAAACGAAUCGAGAUCUCAUCCGACCACCAAGCACACAAGAAAAGGGAAAUAAAACCGGAAGCCCUAGAACCACCGCCUCCAUCUCUCGGGACACCCCGAGCCGACUACAACGACUCCCGCAUAGCCAAACCCACCAAACGCCUUCAUAGACAAAGGCCACAUAUGCCGAUGACGCGGAGCUAAGAGAGCCUCCACCCCCCGAGAACAAGAGCCGGCAACAGCGGAGCUAUAUAAGCUUCCACCUCCCAGAAACCAAGUUAAAAGGAGAAAUACGCUCCCUACUUCUCAAAACUAAACACAUCCAACCGAGUAAAGAAUCCAAAACGAACAAAGAAACACAACGCCAGACCGAUGGUGGCUGUGAAAGCCCCUCCAUCGGGCGGAAAACCAGAUCUCUCUUUCUCUUUUUUUUUUUUGAUGUAGUUAGGUUAAAAGGUUAUAACCUAAUCCUAUAUAAAUGUGAAUAUUUAAAGUUUUUUUUUUGUUUUUAUGGGUUUUGAACAAGAAAGGAAAUAUAGUAUAAACUAUAUAUAAAAAAAAAGGAAAACUGAUAAUUAUUUAAAGCGUUUUUAUUAUCAAAUAAGUUUUGCAAUUUCUUAAGCAUCUCUUAUUUAUUUGUAGCGUUUUUAUUAUAAAUUUUGGUUGUUAAUUUGUUUUGGCGGCAACCGUAAAAGGCACGACCGACUCUCUCCUUCAAUUGGUGAAAUUGCUGUCUGUUAUCUUUUCUUUUUGCCUACUCUUCCUAUUCCUCCGAUCGGUAAUCAAGAGACGGCCAAUGAAACGCUCAAUCAGCGAGGGCGAUUUGUCCUCCUCGUCGAAGAAGUCGAAGCACCGUGAAUCUGAAGAUCUCGAGUCCGAUUUGGCUCCACCGCCCAUCAGAUGCUCAAUCAGCGAUGGGAGGAGACGGACACAGACCAUGACGCUGAAUAUCCAAUCGAUGUUGUUAAUUUGGAAUCGGCUAUGGUGAAUCCUCCUCCGAAUAUCUCCCCUGCUGUGCGAGUUUUCAAGCUCAACCUCGUCAUUAAUAAACCUGACCCCAAAGUUUACUUGGACGAGGCUUGGAAGUUUCUAAAGCCCAGCGCUCACAUGAAGAGGACACUGACCAUUUCAGCUUCGCUAAGAUUUCGAGAAUAAAGUAGGAGAAGCCCUUUUCAAACUGAUUGUAGAGGAAUGUGGGGCAUAUAUAUUUCCACAACCCUGGAGUCUUUGGCAGUGCAUUGCAAUGAUGAUGAUGAUGAUGAUCCCUCUCUUCUCUUGCUUCCCUUGGAGAAAUUUUGCCUGGAGUACGGUGAGAAAUUUAAGCUCAUCUGUAGCAUUGGUGGGGUUCAAGGUCGGAUAAAAUUUCUUGAAAGAAAAGUGUGGGAUUUGGGUUUUGAGCUUUUACCCACAAAGCUCUUCUUGGCCUCUCAAGUUCGUGACAAGGUUCGAACCAGCGUUCUACUUCUCAUUACGGAUCAGAGACUAGGCAAGUCUGUUAACCUGAGUCUGCUAAAGAAUCUUAUGCUUAUGCUUAAUGGGUCGGUUUCCCGCGAAUUGCGCUUCUUGGAGAAGCCUUUUCUUGACUCCACUGCUGAGUUUUACGCCGCAGAAGCAAAACAAGUCCUGGAACAGUCUUCUGACCUUCCCCACUACUUGAAACAUAUCGAUCAAAGGGUUGGUGAGGAGAAGAAAAAAUGCAAAAGCCUCCUCCCCCUUUUCUCUCGACUCCAGGAUGAGCUGCUCCAAGUUUUGUCAACAGGGAACUCCUGGGGGUUCAUGCUUGUGCCAUUCUUGAAAAGGGUUUUGAGAAGCUAAUGGAUGAGAGACCCUGGGAGGCCCUUCGUAUGAUGUAUGAUCUGUUCUGCCAGGCGGAUUUAGUGUGUCAUAUCAACAAUGCACUGAGCUCCUACAUUUGUCAAACUGGAGAGAAGAUUUUAAAGGAAGAAGGCUCAUCAUUGACUGAGUUCAAGGCUCACGUUGAUAAGAUAUGUUUUACUUACUUUUCCGAAGAUCCUUUGUUGGAGAAGACUGCCCAAAAGUGUUUUGAAGGUCUUGGAAUGUCUGUCGUUCCCACCGAGGAGAUGUUAGAAUUAGGAAGCUCAGGGCCUUUUCCGACAAGUCAUUGGUUGCCACGAUUGAAUUUAGGCCAUGUUGCUUUUGGAUGUUUCUUUACUUUAAUUAUAAGAGCAUGCCCAUUGAAAGUUUUAAGAAGGAGUUCACACACUUCCCCAAAAAAAAAAAUAAUACAAUAUUGUAAACUUAAUAGACUGGUCUCGUCGGGGUUCAUCCGCAAGAGACGAUUCAUCACUGUUUUCGUGGGUCCCACGACACGUGGCGACCCACGAUUGGUUACUUUAUUAAUAUUUUUUUUUUAAAGCAAACAAAUAAAAAAAUAAAAAAAAUAAAAGAAAAACCCAUGUGGCAAACUCCACCCCGCAUGGCUAAUGGGGAUGGUCUAAGGGAUUAUGAAUUGUUCUCUCCCUCAUCAGGGCGUGCCUACAGUGUAAGGAAAAAGGCUUUUGCCUUAAGUCCAUGAUAAUUACAAGUAUUUUUGGGCCCUUAAUUCUCAAUUGUUCCAUGUAGAUUAGUGGCUGAGAAUGUUUUUAGAUGGCACAUAUGGUAGGAUCGAUACUUUUAAGUUAAUUUUUCUCACUUUUUUAGUUGGAUUUUCAUUGAAAUUGACGAAAACUUUUAAGUAAUAUUUAUAUAGAUCUCCGAUACUCUUAUAUGUCUCCCAUGCUAUUGUGUUCUGUGAAAAUAAUAUGAGAAAAUCUAAUCUUAUAUAAGUGUGAAUAUUUGUAGUUCUUUUUGUUUUAUGGGUUUUUUUUAAUGAAAUUUCAAUUUAUUCAUUUUUUAUGAGAAAUGACUUUUACAGAAGAAUAAUUGAUCUACUCCUAUUAUGCCAUGCUAGACUAUGUGUAAUCUAAGAAUAGUAAAGAAAAAAAAUUAGAAUCAUGACUACAUAGUGUGGAUAAACUACCGGCGCAUAAGUCCUUCAAGCUUAUAUAUAUAUCUCCCAUGCACUUAUAUAUCUUUCGUACUAUUGUGUUUUGUGAAAAUAAUAUGAAAAAAUCGAAUCCUAUUUUUUUUCCUCGAUAUUUUUAUUAAUUAAAGGGCCAAACCCA